AUGACCGUUCCGCCAACGAAUAGCACCAACAAUAUCAAUGGCUCGCUGGCCCGAAUGUCUACCUCUAAUACUUCUAUCCCUACCUCGGUCAAUGCUGCUGAGCUGCUUGCCCACGGGAAACCUUUCAUUGAAUUCCCUCGAUACUCUAUACUCGACAUAAAGCAGGAGGCCUUCGCGGACGAAAAGCCUGGUGAAAACGGUGCGCCAUCUCAACUAGACGUGCCGGGGCAGAAUACUGGGGAGUUUGAGCAAGCUGCUCUAGGCCAUUUUUCUGGCUGGCUAUCAGCAAGAUUGCAAGAUGGCAAGCCGUUCGUGAUACAGGAUUUUGAUAAACUGCCUGAAUGGAAUCAAAGGCUGUUCUCCCUUGAAGGCUUAAUCGAACAUUCCACGAAAAAAAAUAUUCCUAUUCGGAACUGCAGCACAAACAGAGAUCUCAGCUUCACUCUCAAGAAAUUCGCCGAUGCGUCUCGACAGUCUUGUCGGGAGUUUAGAAACCUCUAUGCUCGAGACCUGCGUUGUCCAGAUUCCUGGUUGGAGCAGUGUAAGAGACUACUCCCUCCUGAGGUUCAAUGGGGCGGCAGGCUGGACCUGUUCCAAUGGUUGCCAUCAUGCGCCCGCAGUGAAGUUAUGAUGGCCUAUGUUGGUUCUCAAGGCUCCUCAUCUGGUUUCCACCGGUGCUUUUCCUCGACGGUAGCUUUGAAUUUACUAGUUGACCAUGGCGAUCAGCCGGUUCUCUGUUUUGGAACUGAUUUCAGCUCCCAACAAAAAUACGAUAACUUUAUGGCCGCUCGCGGUGCGUCACCCCACGUCGAUUGGCUGAACCUGGGGCCAGAGGAUCUCAAGAACGCAAAUUUCCCCGUUUACGUCUGUGAACAAUGGCCCGGAGACCUUGUUGUCUUUCCUCCCGCAACAGCACACCAAGUUUGGAACCUUGGGAAGGUUUCAACGAAAGUGGUGUGGAACAUCCUACAUCCGCUAUCCCUGGAUGCUGGGCUGCACUAUGUACAACCUCCUUUUAACCGUUUGUGCCAUCCAGAUGUUGCUCGAUCAAACCUCUCACUGGCCUGUGCCAUGUUGUCUCUGCUUCGCGAUGAUCAACCUGCCACUAUUCCUCCAGAUCUACCCCUUCUUACCAGGCUCUUCAAUCAAAUGGCAAAGGAUGAGACAAUUGACGGUCGUCCUGCGACGGCAGUCACCCUUGUCCCUAUACCCGAGACAGCCAUAGCAACCUGCAAUUUUUGUGGUACCGCCAUCUGGAACCGCCAUCUUCGCUGCAACCAAUGUCAGGAUUUUGACCUCUGUCUCAUGUGCUAUCUGAGCGGUCGCAGCUGCGAACACCCUUCAAGCUAUUCAUGGGCUGAGAUAGUUCCGCAAGAGGUAUGCUCGCGUGUUGUACAAAGGGCAGAAUCUAUACUUGGAUACAGCAUAAGCAAAUCCUCUGAAGGAUCCCGUAUUCCGGAUCAGCGCAAAACCUUAGGUACGGCGGUAAACGAACUGAUGCUAGCCAGACAGAGCAUGGCAGUGAAACUGUGCCACCUUUGUAGGAGCGAUCAUCUAGAAUGGAAGGGCAGACGCUGCGAUAAGUGUUCAGCCUUCUUUUGCUACCGCGGACUGUACCGUCACUUUGACAUGGCAUCCGCAGAUGUCAUGCGCCACCCAGGACUAUGGAUAUGUCCAAAAUGCUUAGAGAGUUGCAACUGUCGAUGCUGCCAUUUUGCUUCCCCUUACGUCAAAGCUGAAAAGCCCGCAUCGAAACGCAGAGUUCGACCGGGAGACCCGCGGGGGAAAAAUAUGGGGUUUACAGACAAUGUUUUUGACCAGAAAAAGAGAAAUACGCCAGCCCUUCCUGCAUCACCUGCAUUCACAUCGCCACCCGCCGUCAGAUCUCAUAAACGGCCCCUCUCAUCGUCCUCGACCAUCCAGCCAUCUUUGUUAUCCGCACCACCUCGCCGUGCUACAGCUUCUUCCAUCACUCUUCCAGCUUUCUCAGCCCCUGAUUUGGCCGACUCACCUCUCCUUCAUGGAAGAAGAGAAUCUACGGUUGAGGUAGUUCCGGAUGGCACACCUCAUGAUCGAUUCAAGAUGCGAAGAACGUCUGUUAUAUCUCGUGAUACCACUCCUAAGCCUUAUUCUGAUAUACCUCCUGGCAAGACUCUCCUUGGGAUCAACUACAUUACACAGACAACUUCCUCCGGUGACGACCAGCUAUCUCUUCCCCCGCUUAAGGGCGGUGGUUCCUACUCCAGCGGGCCUUUUACUAUGACCUCGCCGUCUACUAUGUCUCGCAAGUCGAUGUCGAAUGAUGGCGGGAUGACAGCCCUAGCUACUCUUGCAAGCACGAGGGAAAAAGAACCAGUCUCACUCACGAGUAGCACAGCCAUUGGGAACGCAUCUCGGUACGACAGGGACUCUAGGAGUGAUAGCAAUAGUGACACCGUGGCUUUGAUGACACAUCCCGAAACACAUCAUCAACCUCAGGCAUACGGCCAGCUUCCUUACCAGGCAAACAACACUCAGCUACAUCAGUUUGCCCCUUCAUUCGGAUUUUUCCCCAACUCUAGACAACAGCCAAUGCCGCACCAUCAUCCCGGCACCCUAGGUAAUGCACUCCUCAGCGGGGCCCCAGCUACAUCAGUCUCGACUCCCCGUUCAACAUCAUUGACAUUACCUUCAAAUCCUAAUUCGUCGGCUACCAACAAUAUACCCGCACUUGAGACGCAACUCAUCCGCCUCCGCCAGUACUCUGAAGAAGUUCUUUCACUCUCCCUGUACGACUCCCACAAGCUUCUCCAGGAUGAAAUCCAGCGGCUGGAGGGAACUCUAUUACUAGCAAAAAAGGACCGAAGUGAACGUGUCCUACGCAAUUUGGAAGCAGAAUUCCCGACACUGAGAAAUAUCCACGAAGGCCUAAAGCGAGAGGCCACACGACUUGGCUACCUCUAA